UAGUUACCAUUUGAAGCAUGUGUUGGAUUUUGAUUUUCUCAAUGUUUUGAUUAAUUGUAAUUGUAAUUAUAUUAUACUUAUAUUUUCAUUUGAAUUUAUUUGAUUGUUCUUUAAAUUAAUUGACAAUGUCUAAUUAUAAGAGGCGAGAUUUUGAUGGUAAGAAAGAAGGUGGUGAUGGUGAACCAAGUGAAAAGAUAAUCAGACCAAAGCUUUUUAAAAGUGCUAAAGAUCAUUCAAAAAGGUUAAUUGUGAUUCUUGAAAAGGCAAAUUUAGAAGUGAUUAAAGUUGGAACUGGUGAUAAGUAUGAAUUACUUAAUUGUGAUGAUCAUAUGAGUUACAUUCGUAAAUUUAAAAAGGAUCCAGCUUUUUGUAGACCAGAUAUUACACAUCAAUGUCUUCUCAUGUUGUUUGACAGUCCUUUAAAUCGAGCUGGUUUACUUCAGGUUUAUGUACAUUCGAUGCAAAAUGUAUUGAUUGAAAUCAAUCCGGCUACUCGAUUUCCUCGGACGUUCAAAAGAUUUGCUAAUCUAAUGGUUCAACUAUUGCACAAAUUAAGUAUCAGAGCUGCUGGUGGAUCUGAUAGAUUAAUGCGAGUUAUCAAAAAUCCAAUUACUGCACAUUUACCAGUUGGAUGUCGUAAGAUAGGAACAUCAUUUAAUUGUGACAAAUUAGUUACCUGUAAGGAAUUGAUUCCUUCAGAUGAAUCACCUUUAGCCAUUGUCAUUGGUGCCAUGGCUCAUGGACAGACUGAAGCUGAUUAUGUUGAAGAAACUGUGGCAAUCAGUCAAUAUCCAUUAUCCGGAGCUUUAGCUUGUACAAAGAUCGUUUCUGCUUUCGAAGAGGCUUGGGAAAUACAUUGAAAUCGAUUAUAUAUUUUAACGCUGUAAUGAUCAAUAUCUUGACUUGAUUCCAUUAAAACUAAGCCACUUCGAAAAUAU